AAGUCACGUUCUUCAUCUGAAGCAUUAUCCUCCCAAAGGCUAUUACUCGGUCACAAUGCUACCGAAAAACUACAACAAUUACAGCAACAAUCCCCUUCUUCACAAUCUCUAUCAUCCCUUUCCUCUCCUUCUUCUUCAGCAAUAAAUAAUUUAAAUUCUGAAGAUCAACAAAUAAAUAAUGUAAAAAAUAAUUUGGAAAAUAAUUUGGGAACUGUUGAAUCUGUAGCUGUACGUACAGCUAAUUUUUUAUUAGAAAUGAGGAAAACACAGGAAGGCAAAAAACAGCAAUCUACAAAAACUAAUAAUAAUUCUCCAUUUAGCUAUAAUAAUACUUGUGGAAGAAUUACACCUUUCCCAAGCCUUCUAAUCGACCAACAACUCCCUGCAACUACAUCUUCAACUUCUCAAUUAUUAUUGGACUCUGAAAGUGAAAGUCUUGAUAAUAAUACUAAAAAUUGUGGUCGUUUCCCAACAAUUCCUUCUGAAAAACACCAAUUUCAUCCUCUCCAAGUAAAUAUUAAUGAAGAAGCAGACAAAUCCUCCUCUUCCUCAUUAUUACAAAAACAAUCUUCACCAACAUUUUCCUUAUCCUCAUCUAUCGCAGAAUUACCUCAACCAGCCCCUAAACACCAUUUAAGAGAACAAUUACUUAAAAUUAAACAAAAAAAUGUUUUUGCCGGAAAUAGUUUUUUUGGGGGAAUUUCUAAUAAUCCUUUCUUUUUUGGAAAUCAAAAACAACAAAAACAAAGAAAAAUACUCCCAACAGCUAAACAACUCUUACAUUCUUCAUCUCCUAAUUUUCCACAAACAAAUACUGUUAUUUCAAGAGUUAAUGAAUUAGAGGAAAGGCAACAGAAAAAUAAAAAAAAUAAUACAGUCGCUAAACCUUUCGGCAUUGCUGUACAACAACAACAAAAUAUCAAUUCUUCUCAAUUACUUCAAGCAAAUUCGACACAAAAUUCUUCUUCAAAGAUAAAAUCUGCAAAUAAUUCUGUUACUAGAAAUGAUAGACUUUCUCCACGAAGUAGUUUAUUUCGUACAAAGCCAGUUAUUGUUGUUGACCUUGGUCAAGAGGAAGAAAUUAAUGAGGUUAAAAGAAAGGAAGAGGAAAAUUUAAAACAAAAUAACAAAAAGGAAGAGGAAAAAUUAAAACAAAAAUUAAUUAAAUAUUUUGAAGAAGAAGUUGAAGAUAUAGAAGAACAAAAAUUAAAAUCAAAUAAUUUUGAAAAACAUCAAAAUAUUUCCAAAACCUCCUCAGAAAUAAAAGAAAAAUCAAAAAGUGUAACUGCUUUGGUUAAACAAAAUGUUAUGCCAAAACAUUUUCAAUUUAAUAUUUUAAAGUCCACCCCGUCCACAUCUUCACCACGUAACAGUAAAGAAAAUACAGAAAAUGUUGAUAACAAACAAAGUCCCCGAUGGCGUGCAGAUUCUCUCAACGAGGCCUUGCCUGCAUUUAAAAAAGAUCAACAAUUACAAAAACAACAAAGUUUGCCAUCAGUUAUAGAUCAAAAACAGAGGCUUUCAACUUCACUAGAAAAUACACCCUCUUCCCCUGUUAAUGAAACGCUACUACCUGUUGGCAAAACUGAAGUAGAUUCUAAUAAAUAUAUUUUUAAUUAUGAUUCAUUUUUCAAGCAAAAUUCCACCCUUCCAAUAAUAGAACCAACAACCCCAACAAACCCAAAUACCUUCUCUUCUCUUCCUUUAAUUCAAACAGAAAAAAGGAAAAUAGAAGAUAAUAAUAAAUAUUUAAAUGGAUUUGCUUUAAAUAAUAAUAAUAAUGAAGAAAUUUCUUCAACAUUUUUACCACAAACUGUUAUACAAACAUCGGCAUUACAAGCUCAACAACAAAUCAAGAAUAAUUCUACAACAACAACAUCAUUACUCCCAACUAACCAGAAAAACAUUAUAAUAACUCAAAACGGUAUUAUUCCUAAUAAUUCAGAAUUACAUCAACAACAACAAAAAACAAAUAAUAAUUCUGAAUUUGAAAAACAAUUUUCUUCUUCUCUAUCACCGCCUCCAUGUUAUCAACAAGCAGCCAAUUCUCUGAGGUUAUCUCCAAUAGCUGGACGUUUAGCGGGAAUACCUAGAUUUCAUUUUCCCAUGGGUAGGCCAAUUGGAAAGGCGGAAAGUGAUGCUAAACUUAGCAGAAUCAAAGAGCUUUUUCAAUCCUUCCCGGACGGCAAAAUAUCUUUUGCUGAUUUUGAUGAACUUUUGUACGAUGCUUGUUGUCGAAUGAACAACUUAACAUCAAUUCCACCUUCAUCUGUUGUACAAACAGAAAAUGAGCAAAACUUGAAAGAUUCACACAAGAUUGAUUUUAAUCAAUUUAUCAUUUAUUGGAAUCGAAUGUGUGCCGAAGCUCACGAUGAAGCUACUAAAUUUAUUUUUACUUUAAAUGCAGCUACAAGGCCAUUUAACAGUCAUUGUCUGAGGAAGGAAGAUUUCCUUCCAAUACUUAUGGAUCUCAUUUUGACCCAUCCAGGCCUUCAUUUUUUGAAAGAAGCCCCUCAAUUUUACAGUAAAUAUUGUGAAGUGGUAAUUGUACGUAUAUUUUGGAAUGUUAACCGUUCUUGGAGUGGUAGAAUAACAGCAAGUGAAUUGAGACGUUCAAAUUUUCUACAAACUUUUCGAAUGUUGGAUGAUAUUACGGAUAUUAAUCGAAUAACUGAUUAUUUCUCUUAUGAACAUUUUUAUGUUACUUACUGUAAAUUUUGGGAAUUGGAUACUGAUCAUGAUAUGGUUAUCUCCAGAGAUGACAUGAAACGUCAUUGCAAUGGAGCCCUUACUGAUCGAAUUAUUGACCGAAUAUUCUCAGCAGCUGUUCUAAGAACUCCUUCAGAACAAAAAACAAUUUCAGAACAAGGCCCUGUAAAGCAGCAGCCAAUUGAAACAAUUGGGUUUGAAGAUUUUGUCUGUUUCUUACUUGCUGAAGAAGAUAAAAGGCAUCCUACAAGUGUUGAAUAUUGGUUUAGAUGUAUAGAUUUGGAUGGGGAUGGACAAAUUAGUUUAUACGAAAUGGAAUAUUUUUAUGAAGCAAUUGAACAAAAAUUAAAUUCAAAAAAUAUGGAAACACUUGCACUUCGAGAUGUUAUUUGCAAUGUACUUUAA